AUGGAAAGAAAAACAAAGCAUAUCUCUCCUCUUCGAGAUACAGGGUCAUAUAAUCGGAGGUCUUUCAGACCUGCCUCAGAGAUGUUAAAAUCACUGACAGUCAAAUUCAACAAAGUGAAUCCCAUGGAAGGGAGAGCAGAGAAGAAACUCUGCCCCGACCCGAGCGGUCUUUCUCAGUCAACCAUAGCACAGGAACAUCAUCAGUUAGCCACUAUAGAACAUCAUCAGUUAGCCACUAUAGAACAUCGUCAGUUAGCCACUAUAGAACAUCGUCAGUUAGCCACUAUAGAACAUCGUCAGUUAGCCACUAUAGAACAUCNUCAGUUAGCCACUAUAGAACAUCGUCAGUUAGCCACUAUAGAACAUCGUCAGUUAGCCACUAUAGAACAUCGUCAGUUAGCCACUAUAGAACAUCGUCAGUUAGCCACUAUAGAUCAUCAGUUAGCCACUAUAGGAACAUCAUCAGGAGACUACCAAAGUGAAAAAGAACCUCUGAGGAGCAGGACACCAAUCACAUUUCAAAAGUCACACAGCAAAAAAGACAACAGCACUGGGGAAAACUCUCUCAGAGGUUUCACCACAAAUCCUGACCCUGAAUGUCCAGCAGAACUCACCAGAACAAUGACAGAGAUGGAGAAAACUAGGACUGGGGAAGAAAAGCCAGUCAGCUUUAAGACCAAAGUGCUUGAAACCUCAAUUAUAAAUGAAUAUACUGAUGCCCACCUACACAACCUAGUGGAAAGAAUGCGUGAAAGGACUGCUCUCUACAAGAAAACAUUGACAGAGGAAGAAAAUUUCCCAGAAGCGGAAGCCAGCUCUCAGACUGCAAUGUCUACAGAUAUAUCAGCAAAACAAGAGAACAAUUCGAAGCUAAAAGAACACCAAGACACGUUUUCUUUCAAACCCCAGAGAGUCCCAGUAAAAGAGUACCUAGGAAGAAUGAGACUUCCCAGAAGCAUAGACUCCUACACAGAUCGGGUCUAUCUCUUGUGGCUCCUGCUUGUCACCAUUGCGUAUAACUGGAACUGUUGGCUGCUACCUGUGCGCCUCGUCUUUCCAUGCCAAACACCAGAUAACAGGAACUACUGGAUUAUUACUGACAUCAUAUGUGAUAUCAUCUACCUUGGUGAUAUACUAUUGAUCCAGCCAAGACUCCAAUUUGUAAGAGGAGGAGAAAUUAUUGUAGAUUCAAAUGAGCUGAAGAGGAACUACAGGAGUUCUACAAAGUUUCGGAUGGAUGUGGCAUCUCUACUGCCAUUCGAAGUUCUCUACAUCUUCUUUGGAGUUAAUCCAGUAUUCAGAGCAAAUCGGAUAUUAAAGUACACUUCGUUCUUUGAGUUUAACCAUCACCUGGAGUCUAUAAUGGACAAAGCAUAUGUCUACAGAGUCAUCCGAACAACUGGCUACUUGCUGUUUCUCCUGCACAUUAACGCCUGUGUUUAUUACUGGGCUUCAGACUAUGAAGGAAUUGGCUCAACUAAAUGGGUCUAUAAUGGUGAAGGCAACAAAGAAAUGGCUGAUAAGAAUGUAAAGGGUGCUCAACAUUAUGAAUCAUCAGGAAAUAUAUAUCAAAACUACAACAUGGUAUCCUAUUGCCACAGGUAUCUGCGAUGCUUUUAUUGGGCAGUUCGAACUUUAAUUACUAUCGGGGGCCUUCCAGAGCCACAGACUUCAUUUGAAAUUGUUUUCCAAUUCUUGAAUUUUUUCUCUGGGGUUUUUGUUUUCUCCAGCUUAAUUGGUCAGAUGCGUGAUGUGAUUGGGGCAGCAACAGCCAAUCGGAACUACUUCCAAGCCUGCAUGGACCAUAUCAUUGCCUACAUGAACAAAUACUCUAUUCCUCCGAGUGUGCAGUAUAGAGUUCGGACUUGGCUGGAAUAUACAUGGAACUCGCAAAGAAUCCUAGAUGAGUCCAACUUGCUUGAGAACCUCCCAACAGCAAUGCAGUUGUCUAUUGCCCUUGACAUAAACUUCAGUAUCAUUGACAAGGUGGAGUUAUUCAAGGGCUGUGACACACAGAUGAUCUAUGACCUGCUGCUAAGAUUGAAAUCCACUAUUUAUUUACCUGGUGACUUUGUCUGCAAAAAGGGAGAAAUUGGAAAAGAAAUGUACAUCAUCAAACAUGGAGAAGUCCAAGUCCUUGGAGGCCCUGAUGGUGCUCAAGUUCUAGUUACUCUGAAAGCUGGGUCAGUGUUUGGAGAAAUAAGCCUUCUGGCAAAAGGAGGAGGAAACCGCCGGACAGCUGAUGUUGUGGCCCACGGAUUUGCCAAUCUUUUAACUCUGGACAAAAAGACUCUCCAAGAAAUUCUGCUGCAUUAUCCAACUUCUAAAAAGCUCCUCAUGAAGAAAGCCAAAAUUCUUUUAAGCCAGAAGGGAAAGACCACACAGGCAAUCCCUGCAAGAACAGGACCUGCCUUUCUUUUCCCACCAAAAGAAGAGACACCCCGAAUGCUUAAAGUUCUCUUAGGAAACACAGGAAAGGUGGACCUUGGAAGACUCCUUAAAGGAAAGAGAAAAACAACCACUCAGAAAUAAAGGUGAAAGUUCCAAAGGAAGAAGAAGAGGAGGAAAAGAAUAUGAAGACAAAGCAGAGCUAGCAGAAAAAGAAGAAAAAAAACCCACUGGAUGGGUCUAAAGGCACACUAAGUUCUAUUACAGUGGAGGAAAUGCCCCAAUCAAUUAAUUAGGCAGUUUUUCCCAGAGGACAUGCCUAUCAAUCGAUCAUCAGCAACAUGGCUCCUGCUACUGAGACUGGGGAAGAGAUUCUGACUAUCAAAGUCAAGAAAAGGGCUAAGCAAUAAGUGUUUGAUUAUCUUUAAGUGUAAUCUAGCUCAUUUCCAGAGAGAUUCCUGGAAACUGUAGCUUAAAUUAACGAGGGAAACAAACCUCACUGGGACCCUGGGAAACUGCAGGCAAAUCCUUAGCUUCACUUCCAGGAGUCGGAUUCAUCAAUAAGACUGUUAAAAACAAUCCUCUUAUCCACUGUCAGCAAAUUUGAGCAAUUGAUAUUUCUUUUAAAUGUCUGCAGUAGAUAAUUUAUCUUCUUUCCUGAUGAAAUUUCCUUGUUCCACUUUGGUAAACUUGAUUUUUAUGCUACUGUGAUUCACUGUCCUUCCUGCUUACGUUUUUGUGGUAUAUAAUUUCCGGCAAAGCACUUUGUUCAAAUGUCCAAAGUAGACUCUUCUGUCCGAGGUAGACUCAUCUUACUUCUUAUGAAUAGUGAAAGGGUGUGAAAUUUUUA